CUUAACCAGCUGGCUGGCGGUAUUAACUUUACAAUAUUUUAAUAUCCCCAUUUAAUAUAGUCUUUAUAAUAAGUUACCUCUUAUUAACAAUCGUUCACUGAGAUAACCUCUUAUUUUCCCACAUCCGGUCUCCAGGCGAGAUGGCCUUUCUUGCAGUGACUUUCAUUUUUAUCCUUCUUGCACGAUACACCACCAGCUUGCAAGUUACACCAAAUUCACCAUGUUCUUCUCUCUGCGUUGACUCUACGGGCCUCGACUUCUCCGACCCCAACUCAUCCAACACUGAGAAUUCAGACAUUUCAUGUUACGAUACCGAAUACUCCACCUCACCCGAGGGCAAGAAGUUUCAGAAAUGCAUGAGUUGCCUUCAAGAUAGUACCUUUGCUCAAGAGGGCGAAAGCGAUCAGCUUUGGUUCUUAUAUAAUCUCAGAUAUACGUUUGACUACUGCAUUUUUGGAUUUCCCAAUGCCACAGGAGUAGCAUCCACUCCUUGCGCGACAUCUACUGCUUGUGGUGGGCUUAUGGAAGCUUUGACAGACGGCAAUCUUGAACCUGAGAAGAAUGGCUAUUCGUAUUGUACUUCGGAUGGCAUGCCUAACGCGGCAGUCUCUGAGUGCAAGGCUUGCGUUGGUGUUUCCGAUGACCAAGACUACUUAGCCAACUUUCUCAUCGCUCUUGAGGCAGGGUGCCAGCAGCGACCCCCUACAGGAAGUCUAAUUGGCCUGAACGAUACAGUCUUCUCUAAAACCAGAAUUAGUUCUGUCGACCCUUCCAUCGAAAAUUCCGAUGAUGAAAACCGGCCUGCACUCUCAAUAACUCAGAUAGUGGGGAUUGCAGUUGGUGCAGUCGUCCUAGUUUUAGCCAUCGCCGGCUUCCUAUUUGUACGUUGUCGUAGAAGCCGUAACCGCCGUCUCUUACUUGGGGACAUUAAAGCAUCGGUCAUGGCUCAGAAGAGGAACCGCCAUCGCACUGCUUCCACCCUCUCGUUUCGAUGCCAAGCCCACCUGACCCCUAGGUCUCCGGCAUUCUUCCCAAAUCCAACUGACGGUACCAUCGAAGAAGAAAAGCCUUACACCGGUCCAUACUCUGCCCUUACUUCUCACCCCUUAUACCCGGAGUCACCUAAACAGACUCUGAACAACAACACCGGCCUCGGCUCUUUCUCAAGGGCAGACGGCAAGGUUAUACCAUUACGCAACAUUACCACAGCCAUUACCACGAUACCAAGUAAUGUGCAUUACUCAACCUCACCAAAGGCUAUGUUCUUCUCUCCUACCGAUGAACCCGCUAGCACAACUAGCACCAAGAGUACAUCACAACUUCUACCACUACGGCAUUAUAAUCCUGCCGAAUAUACAGAUAAUUCGCCCCAGAUGGGUACCAACCCUAACACGGUGUUCAAUAGUCCCACGUCCGGCUCUACUGCCAGUCCCCUCAUAAGCCGCGCCUGGGAACGAGGCACGCCAACAUGGGACGCACCACCACGCAGCUCUAAUCGACCCACAGGCGGAGCAUGGGAAAGGGUAGCUGCUGGCAUUGCGGCGAAGAAUCGAAGAACUAGUAAUACAGGAAGCCCUGUAGAGACUAUGCAGAUUAACUUCAACUUUCCUCCUCCGCCGACUGGGCGAUAACUUGAUUUCUAUACCCCUACCAUGUAUAAAUACCCAUUGUAUAAUAAUUGCAUUACGGCUCCCUGAUGGUAUCAUCAGGAAUGGAUGUGGAGGCAAUAAGAAAGGGGUGUAAACUCGAAUUAUCUCACACCACA